AUGCCGGGAUCAGCAAUUGAAGGAAAGGAUGGAACUCCAGGUUCAGAAGCAAAUAAUUGCGUCGCCUGUCGGAAGCCUGAUUCGUGGAACAACAUGGUCCAAUGCGAUACAUGCAACAGUUGGUGGCACCAAUCCUGUGCUGGAGUUACCGGUUCAAUUAAAGAACGUCCGUGGAGCUGCCGGAAUUGCAUACCGGCAAUAAGCGAGAGUUCCGUUUUGACUACGCCCAGUGUCCGAAAUCGACGAAAAGCACUCCAGCUGCAGCUGCUAGAUGAGAAGCGCGCACUGGAUCGCCUUGCCCGGGAAAUCCGCGAAGAACAACUCAAUUCGAAGUUGGAAGAAAUCCAAGCAGAGAAAAAAUACGUUGACGAAAAGUUUAAACUGCUUCAGGAAGAGGACAUCUCCGCAAUUGAGGAGGAAGUCCACAGUGUCGUCAGCCAUCGAUCCCGCCAGAAACGAAUACAUUCCUGGAUUGCCGACACCGCCACUACGAACGGUGCUGUCGCUAUCCAAGAGGGGCAGGCUCCAGGAAAGAAUCAGCAGCAGCAGUUAAGCAACGCGAUUCAACAAGAUUUGGUGGAGAACAUACAGCUGGGACAGGUCACUCCAAAACGAAACACAGGAGCAUAUCCCAAACGUUCGGUGGUGCCGAAAACCAUCCCCGAUUCCCACUUGUGCACAUCGGAGAUGGAUAUCAGUCCCAUGCAGCCGACGACAGCCAAAAUAACAUCGAAAAUGCCUCAAAUGACAGAGGAUUACGUGGAGGUUGUAGGUACCCAACCAUUUGGGGUCCCAUCAGGUAUGCCGCCCGGGUACUAUCAGGUUCCCGCAAUCAACGGUAUACAACAGCCUCUCCCCCUUAGCAAGACGAUUCAACAGAAUGCAGACCGCCUCGAGACUCUAAUUGAGUAUGGAAUUGCCGUAAAUAGCAUUUGUGAUAACCUUGAGGCCGCUAAUCUUUAUGACCACCUUUCAAAUCCGUCGUUGCUAGGAGAACUCGUCAGUCGAUUGCCUGCUCAUAUCAAGUAUCAAUGGGCAACACAUAUUGCUACACUCAAUGAGGUGAAUUUGAAGACCUUUAGUUUGUUUAUGAAAAACGCAGUGCAAUCAGUCAGCCGGGUUUGUGUGUACAGCGGUGCAACGAUGAACGAGAGCAGCAAAGCAAAGCGUGGUGCAGUACAUUCGCACGUUGAGCCAUCGAAGGAUAGAGAUGCUCCGGUCAUGAAAGCAUGUCCGAGCUGUUCUGGUGGGCAUUACUUGAAGGACUGCACCAGAUUUAAACACAUGGAUGUAGACGAACGCUGGAAAUUUAUCCUUUCGAUGGGAAUAUGCCGAAUAUGUCUCUUCGCUCACGGAAAAAGAUCUUGCCGUAGCAACAACAGAUGUGGGAUUUCCAGUUGCACGAAUCGCCAUCAUUCGCUGCUCCACCCCCACAGUUCUUCGUCACCCCCAGUUGUAUCCACGUUAAAGGCAGAAGAACCAACCAAAACUGAAAGGCAAAAUGAUUACAUUGUCACCGGAGAAACUCUCUCACAUCGAAGCUCAGACCGUGGGGUUCUUUUUAGAAUAAUCCCAAUAAAAGUGUUUGGAAAUGAUAAAGUUGUGCAAACCUUUGCAUUCAUAGAUGAAGGGUCCUCUCUUACGCUGAUAGAAGAGGCCCUGACCGAUGAAUUGGGACUUAAAGGAAUGCAUCAAACCCUGUGCCUGCAGUGGACAGGCAGCAUGUCCCGUAUGGAACCCAAUUCUAUGCUAGUCGAUCUCGUUGUUUCCGGUCUGAAUAAUCAGAAAAACCUUUUGAAAGAAACGCGCACGGUCAAGGAGUUGACGCUUCCAGCGCAAACGUUAAAUUAUGAGAACCUGGUCAAAAAAUACGAUCAUCUAAAAGGCCUACCAGUGGCCAGCUACGUCGACGCAGUUCCUCGGAUUUUGAUCGGUGUAAAUAACCUACGUUUGACAGUGCCGUUACGAAUCAGAGAAGGAAAAGCCGAUGAACCAACAGCAGCAAAAACUCGAUUGGGAUGGUGUGUCUAUGGCGGUAGUGGUGAACCGGAGAACUCGUCGAUUAAUUUCCACACCUGUAAUUGUUCCGAAGCCGAGUCACUUCACAAUAUGGUACGUGAUUUCGUCUCUCAAGAAGACACAGGCGUUUCGUUUGGAGUUAAGUUGGAAUCAGCGGCAGAUCAGAGGUCCCGUUCCAUUUUGGAGGAAUCGACGUGCAGAGUAGGAGAAAGGUUUUCCACUCGGUUGCUAUGGCGUUUCGACGACUUUGAGUUACCCGAUAGCUACCCAAUGGCCGUGAAACGUUUGGAAUGUCUGGAACGCAAGAUGGCCAGAAACCCUGCGCUACGGGAAAAUUUGAUGAAACAAUUAGCAGACUAUCAGACAAAGGGUUAUGCCCACCAGCUAACAGAAACGGAACAGAUGAACUCGGAUCCUAGACGUACUUGGUAUUUACCACUCGGUGUGGUAAUGAAUCCGAAAAAACCAGAGAAAGUUCGGAUGAUUUGGGAUGCCGCUGCAACAGUCAAUGGAGUUUCUUUAAACUCGAUGUUGCUGAAGGGACCUGAUGAGCUUGUUCCGCUUCCCUGGAUACUUUUUCGCUUUCGCCAAUAUCCGGUUGCCGUAACUGCAGAUAUAACCGAAAUGUAUCAUCAGAUAAUGAUUGAUCCUAGAGACCAACAGGCCCAACGCUUCUUAUGGAGAUCAGAUCCUGAAAAAUUACCAGAAAUAUAUGUUAUGAAUGUAGCAACAUUUGGCGCCACUUGUUCGCCAGCAGCAGCACAAUUUGUCAAGAAUAAAAAUGCGAAGGAAUUUGAAAGAAGUUAUCCUAGGGCAGUAGAAGGCAUUGUACAAAGACAUUACGUUGACGACUACGUCGACAGUUUUGAGACACUCGAAGAGGCUUCCGCAGUGUCUUCACAAGUUCGAAUGAUCCACGCAGCUGGCGGUUUCAACAUUAGAGGUUGGCGAUCGAACUACAAAGAGGUGCUAGAAAGCCUAGGCGAAAAUGCCGCACAACAUCCUAAAACUUUGGAUCUAGAAUCCCGAAAUUAUGAACGUGUACUGGGCAUGCACUGGUUGCCCGAAGAAGACCUUUUGGCGUAUUCUACUUCACUCCCCCUAGAACUCCGUGAUGUUAUAACAAAAGGUGACCACCCAACGAAACGCCAAGUUUUGCGUUGCUUGAUGAGUUUUUUUGAUCCUCUUGGUAUUUUAGCCGCAUUUGUUCUUCACGGGAAGGUUCUACUUCAGGAUAUCUGGCGCGCAGGUACUGAGUGGGACGAGCAAAUAAACAAGAAUGCCUUUGAGAAAUGGUUGCGGUGGACGGAACAAUUCGAACACAUAUCUAGACUUAGAAUUCCCCGCUGUUACUUCGAUGGGGUAAAUAAUAGUCGCUACAAACAAACGGAGCUGCACAUAUUUGUUGACGCCAGCGAGGAAGCGUAUGCUGCUGUCGGUUACUUCCGCAUCCCCAGCAACUCAGGAGGUUUCGAAUGCAGCCUAGUGGCAGCAAAAACAAAGGUUGCGCCGCUGAAACAUUGGUCUAUUCCACGUCUGGAACUUCAGGCCGCCGUCUUAGGGACACGCUUAAAGAAGUGUAUCACGGAAGGACAUGCAAUCUCUGCCCAACGGGUUGUAUUUUGGUCCGAUUCUAGCACGGUGCUAGCAUGGAUUCGAUCCGAUCAUCGCCGAUUCACCCAGUUCGUUGCAUGUCGUGUAGGAGAAAUAUUAUCGACAACAAACAUUUCAGAAUGGCGCUGGGUUCCGUCCAAGUUUAACGUUGCCGACUGCGCUACCAAAUGGGGGCAAGGACCUCCAGUAUGUUCAUCUGAUAGCUGGUUUAGAGAGCCAGCAUUCCUAUGGGAAUCAGAACAAACUUGGCCCCAACCGAAGGCCGUGAAGACAACGACAGAAGAAUUAAGAGUUUCCUGUGUACAUUCUGGAACGAUUGUAUUAGUAGAACCGUUAGUUGAGUUUACCAAAUUUUCUAAGUGGGAGCGCUUAGUACGAACGAUGGCGUAUAUAUAUCGGUGGCAGAACCUUGCCAUGAAGGGUAAUGUAAGCGGUUUUCUUAAACAAGAUGAGUUGUUAGCCGGUGAAAGUGCUGUAUUUCGCCUUUGCCAGUUGCAAGCCUUCUCGGAUGAAAUUAACGUUCUUAAACGGAAUCAAACACUUUCGAAAGAACAACGAAUUCCUUUAGCUAAAACCAGCGUAAUUUUAAAGCUCAGCCCUUACUUGGACGAAAACGACGUGCUGCGAGUUGAUAGUAGAGUAGGAGCAGCGAAGAAUGUGGCAUCUAAUUUAAAAUUUCCGGUAAUCUUACCAAGAAAUCAUUACGUGACCGAGCUCAUCGUAAAUUAUUAUCAUCGCAAGUACCUUCACUGUAACUCAGAGACCGUAGUCAACGAAUUGCGACAAUGUUUCUACAUAUCACAGCUUCGACCCGUCGUUAAAAGAAUUACCCGUAAGUGUCAAUAUUGCAAGGUGUAUCGAUCAGAGCCUCAAAUACCUCGAAUGGCUCCGCUACCUGAAGCAAGACUGGCUUCCUAUACUCGCCCUUUCAGCUACGUGGGGUUGGAUCUGUUUGGCCCCUUGUUCGUCAAAAUUGGGAGGAGUUCGGUGAAAAGAUGGGUGGCCCUUUUCACCUGCAUGACGAUACGGGCCGUACAUGUUGAGAUCGUCCACACUCUAAGUACUCAAUCAUGUAUAAUGAGUAUUCGUAGGUUCAUCGGCAGACGCGGAGCUCCAAUAGAAAUCCAUUCGGACAAUGGUACUAACUUUAGAGGGGCGGACAACAUUCUUCAGAAACAGAUGCAGCAGUUUCAUUUAGACAUGGCAUCGACAUUCACAAAUGCCAAUACCAAAUGGGUAUUUAUACCGCCUGGAACCCCGCAUAUGGGAGGAUGCUGGGAGCGAAUGGUGCGUUCCGUCAAAACGGCACUGGAAGCGUGUGUUCAAUCUGGACGGAAACUUGACGAUGAAGCGCUGUACACACUAGCCGUUGAUGCCGAAGGGAUAGUGAACUCACGCCCUCUUACUUAUCUACCUUUGGAGUCAGAGGAGCAGGAAGCCCUGACACCCAAUCACUUUUUGCUUGGCAAUUCGAAUGGAGUGAAACAGAAACCUGGAAACACAUCCAUUGUGAAAUACGAGAUAGGCCAUACUUGGAAUCAAAUUCAACAACAACUUGAUGUUUUCUGGAGUAGAUGGGUGCGUGAAUAUUUGCCUUCAAUAACGCGCCGCACGAAAUGGUUCAAUGAUGUCAAACCCGUUAAAAUCGGGGACUUUGUGGUUGUUGUUAAUGAAGCACGGCGCAACGGUUGGACUCGAGGUCGGGUUCAGGAGAUAAUCCAUGGUGCAGAUGGACGCAUUCGCAAAGCUAUCAUACUUACAAACAAGGGGCUCACACGGCAGGCGGUCUCAAAAUUGGCAGUCUUAGACAUUCAAAUGGGAAACGCAGAACCUAGACGACCCUGA